ACAUCUGUUCCCCUCUCAUGGAUUCCCUUCAUCUUCGUCUUCGUCGCCGCCGGUGCCGCUCCGGGGACCGACGCGGCCAACUUAUCUAUAUGAAAGACUGCAUGAGUUUUCACUCUCACCCUAAAUGAAUGAAUUGACGGAGAGGAACAAAGCAGCAAGAGGAAGUAGCUCGACUCGAAGAGGAGCAGGAAAGACGGUGACGAGGAGAGGAGUUCGAGCAACUGAUAAUCGUCAUUGAACCAAUAGUUUUCACAGGUGUGUUUCUGACGGUGCGUUUGCUGCGAGCUCGAAAUAAAGGUUGUUUAAAUGGAGAUCCCGAAAAAUGAACAGGAUACUGAACCAUCAUUUUCCAAUGUUUAUGAACUACCAGGAGAGCCUGCUAUUGUAAUUAAUGGGGUGCCUGAUAUACCUGCUUGUGACACUGCCCUUUCUCUUUGUAAUUCUCUGAAAGAUGAAAAUUUACUUGGAGGAAGUACAGGUUUUGGUGAGUGGCUAGAAGGAAGGGUUGUAAACAAGAUGUUCGGUGAUAGGUAUUACUACGGUGUCAUAAUCGAGUUCGACAACGAUACAGGAUGGUACCGAGUGGAGUACGAAGAUGGAGAUUUUGAAGAUCUCGAUUGGCAUGGUGUAGAGCGGGUGCUUUUGCCCAUGGACAUAACAGUUCCAUUGAGAACAUUAGCACGGAAGACUCUGAAGAGAAGCAGGAAGGCUGAGAAGAACAGGAAGAACAAGAGUGGAAACAGUAGGGGCGAUCCCAAAGAAAUGGAGAGGAGUAGGAAGAAGAGUGAGGACAGUAAAUUUGUGUUGCCAACAGAGCCUGCAGCCUGAGGGAAAUUCUAGGUUCUUUGUUUUUCCCUUUCUUUUUGAAUGGGAGUAUGAAGGAAUUUGGUCCUAUAUUGGUUCAUCUUCGUUCAACGCAGGACAUAUUUGACCCCAAUGUUACCAAUGUUACAUACAGUAGCUCUAGCUAAGGCUGCCAGCGGUCUAAAUAAGACGCAGCAGUGCAGGACUCUCAAUUGAGAUAA